UUCAAACCCUUAUUGCAUCAGAACUGUAAAUUAUGUCCAAAACUGCAAAGAAAGUUAUCUUAGCUUAUAGUGGUGGUUUAGAUACAUCCUGUAUACUAUUAUGGUUAAAGGAAAAAGGAUAUCAAAUAAUCGCUUAUAUGGCAAACAUUGGACAACAGGAAGAUUUCGAUGCCGCUAGAGAAAAGGCGUUACGAAUCGGUGCUGUCAAGGUGGUAAUAGAAGAUCUUAGAGAAGAUUUCCUAUCUUCAUUUGUAUGGCCAGCUAUUGCAUGCGGACUGAUUUACGAAAAUAGGUACUUACUAGGCACAGCAAUCGCUCGGCCAUGCAUCAGUGAAGGUCUGAUAAGAAUUGCAAAGAUUGAAAAUGCCUCGAUAAUCGCUCAUGGUGCCACAGGGAAAGGUAAUGAUCAAGUUCGUUUCGAGUUGAGUUGUUACAGCCUUUAUCCUGACAUUCAGAUUCUUGCACCUUGGAGGGAGAAUGAAUUUUACACACGAUUCAGAGGAAGAUCAGAUUUGAUAAAAUAUGCACAACAAAAUAAGAUCCCUGUUUCAGCGACACCAGAGAAACCAUGGAGCACUGACGCGAAUCUGUUGCAUAUUAGUUAUGAAUCGGGUAUCCUAGAAAAUCCUGCCACAGUGGCACCGAAAGAAAUAUAUAAAAUGACCAACGAUCCAUCAGAUUCUCUGGCGGAACCGGAUGAAAUCGAAAUUAAUUUUGAACAAGGCUACCCAUCAUCUGUUAAAAACUUGAAGAAUAAGGAGACGUUUGUCACUCCACUCAAGAUAAUGCAAUAUUUAAAUGACAUUGGUAGUCUUCAUGGCGUUGGACGCAUCGACAUUGUGGAAAAUCGUUUUAUUGGUUUAAAGUCUAGAGGAAUUUACGAAUCACCAGGAUCCAAGAUUCUGCACGAAGCACAUCAAGAUUUGGAAAUAUAUCUCUUAGAUCGUGAGGUUUUAAGAUUGAAAUCUUAUUUGAGCAACAAAAUGUCCGAUUACGUUUACAAUGGUUUCUGGUUCUCCCCGGAAUGUGAUUUCGUAAGGAAUAGUAUAUUAUAUUCACAAAAAUACGUAACUGGAUCGGUCCGAUUGCAAUUGUUCAAAGGAAAUGUAUCUAUACUUAGCCGACACAGCAGAACUUCUUUGUACAACGAGAAGCUAGUGUCGAUGGAUGUGCAAGGUGGUUUCAAUCCUGAAGAUGUGGAUGGUUUCAUUCGCACACAGGCUUACAGAUUGAAAGAAUUUAAUCGUUUCAAAAGACAGUUUGACGUUGAAGUUGAUACAAUAACGCAUAUUAAAAUACAUUGA